UAACAAAACCCGACUAACCCAGCCCCUGAUCAAUUUCUGCGUGAUCAUGUAUAUGGAUGAUAUUUUGGUCUUUUCAAAAACACACGAGUACCACGUGGAACACAUCGAGUGGGUUUUGCAUGCACUGAAAGAUGUCGGGUUCAAAGUGGCCUUGGAGAAAAGCGAAUUCUUCUUGUCGGAGAUCUCAUUCUUGGGGUAUAUCGUCACGGUCGACGGACUGAAACCGGAUCCGAGGAAGGUGGCCGCAGUUCAAGACGCCCCGGCGCCGGUCACACUCACCCAGGUUCGGGCUUUUCUAGGGCUGUCAUCCUAUAACCGACGCUUCAUCAAGGGGUUCGCCGGUAUAGCGAAGCCCCUCACGAACCUGCUGAAGAAAGAGGAACAGCUGAUCUGGACGCCGGAAUGCGAAGCGGCGUUUCAGGCACUGAAGGAGGCUCUGACAUUGCUGACUCAGCAUGGGAAGGACGGAAGGGAGCACGUCGUUGAGUAUGCGUCCAAGACACUGAGCCAGGCGCAGGCUAAUUACGAAGCAUGCAAAGGUGAAUGCCAAGCGGUGGUGUGGGGGAUUCAUCACUUCCGACCGUAUCUGUACGGCCAGAAAUUCGUGCUGGCAACGGAUCAUCAGCCGCUGCUGUCCCUACGCAACAACACGGACUACACGGGGACGCUGGGCAGGUGGGCGGUGCGUUUGCAAGACUAUGACUUUGACAUCCGCCAUCGCGCCACGCGGCAGCAUGGUAACGCUGAUGGAUUAACGUGCCUUCUGCCGCCCAACAAGUGCCCCGCCAACGAGCGACUCAUUCCGUGGGGACCAGAAGUCGCGGCGACGAAACCGCACUACGGAGAGCUACACGUGUUGCAUCGCCUGUUGUGGCAUCGGUUUAACGAGGAGAGGCAGUUGCGGUACGACAUCCAACAGGUGAAGGUGCCAGCGCCCGGAGUUGCUGACUUGGCGGCAUACUCGUUGCUUUGCGAUCGGCUGACGUAUGCGGGGGUGUACGUGGACGUGACGCAGUUGCCCGGCCGGGAGACGACCUGGGUAUUCAUUGAGUUCCGUGCGCUCCAGGUGGCACCCAAUUUCGUGCACAGCGUCGCCACCUUCAUCGAAGACUUGACGAUCCUCCCGCAGGAGAAUCGGGAGUCGGCGAGCAGCUUUGUGCGCGAGUACGUGGUAGAAGCGGCCAGAUCAGUGGCCAGAGUGCAAGGACGGAGCGGGCACCGAUUCACAGCCCACGAAGUGCUGCUGCGUAGGGCCGAGGACAGACCGAUUGCGCUGGUCCCGCAGUUCCCCACGCUUCUCCCUCCCGCUGCUCCUCUCAACCUCCAAGCUAUUCCCCCUCUCACGGCGGGCCCUUACCCCAUGCGCGAGUUCUCGGAGUACUUGGUGGAGCUAACUGACGUGGAGCCGCUGCCCUUCGCCGAGGAAGACGCGUGGGAGUUGCACCGGGCGCUGUACAAGUCGGUGGCGCUGGGGAUGUUCCGGUUCUUCAUGGAUCACGAAGACCAUGCUACUGGUGAGCACUUCGUCGUUUACUACGUCAUCACGCGACCCAAGCCAGCGGAGAAGGAAGGGGCGGUCGCGCUGUACCCAUUCGCCCAGCUCCAGACGAUCGAUCCGGGAUUUUUGGAGCUCAUACAUCUCGAGCUCCUCUCCAUCGCGCAAGUGAUCGCGAGCAAGGAAGAGGAGAUCCAACCGCAAUUGUGGACGGUGACGGCCCCGCGGAGAAUGUACAACGCGGUCGUCAUCCCGGAUUACAUUGCGCAGCGCGCGGAGAGAUUGGAAGACUUCCCGGAGGAAAGGCCGUUGCGUCCUCCCUCAUCGUACUCUCGACCAGCGCCACCAAAGACCCCCAAGAAGACGGCGAAGAGGAAGAGACGCCACCCGUCGCCAGGAGCGCAAGGCAGCAGGAUCGGCGGCGACGAGGAGGUGAUUCAGCCCGCGCCCGCGGUGACGCUCGUUAAGGAGACUACCGUGCCAUUGCCGCCCAUUCCGCAUGUGCCCGACCUCAAUCUUGAUGGAGCCGGGCCAUCAUCAUCAGCAGCAGCCGGAGGAGGAAGCCGAAUGGGAUUUCCGGAUCCCAUAUCGAGACCCCCCUCGCUUGGCUCCCGAGCACUUUCCAAACUAGGAAAGGAUCAGUUGUCUAACAACGCGAGUCCACGUGGCACUGCAUCGGAUUCGCACGAACGGGCAGAACCAAGUGCAGAGGAUCUGGACCGAUCAUCUGAGCUGCCUGAGCAAGCGUGCAGAUCGACGGACCCCUAUGCAGAGGAGGAGGAGGAGGAGGAGGAGGAGGGAGGGUUACCCCCUCCUAACCCCGAUGAAAGACAGUCGAGAGGUAGCCUGGCUGGCAAGCUGUGUAUUGUUACGGGCGGAGGAACGGGGGUAGGAUACAUGACGUGUAAGGAGCUUGUACGGCGUGGUGCACACGUCAUCAUCGCGACCAGGUCAGCCGCUGAUGUGGAUGUCGAGAUCCGAGAGGAGGCGCUAACAUUUGGUAGCAGAGGGGCAAAGAACCCAGAGCGAGACGUACAAAGGGGAGGAGGAGGAGGAGGAGGAGGAGGAGGAGGGAGUGUGGAGUUUAUGCGUUUGGAUUUGUCGUCUUUCCGAAGCGUUAUUGAUUUCUCCGAAAAGAUUCGAUCCCGUGGUGUUCCCGUUGACGUCUUGGUUAAUAACGCCGGUUCUUGUGGCUUGGCUUCUUCUUCAGUCCUUGAUCCUCAUUCCUCCUCAGCUGCUUUCGUCUCCACUUGCCCUCCUCCUCCUUGUUGUGGGGCGGCUUCAACUGCUACCUGUAAUGGUCAAAGAGGGCCCUCUUCCUCCUCCUCCUCCUCCUCCUCUUCCUCCUCCCCCUCCUCCUCCUCCUUCGCUCUGACAUCUCCGGCUAUGGAACCUACGGAUACAACCAGUACUAAUUAUGCAGCACACUCCUCCUCCUCCUCCUCCUCCCCUUUCGCUGUGUCUUCAUCGUGUACGGAAGCUGCUGUUACAACGACGCCAAAUGAUCAAGCACACUUCUCUUCCUCCUCGUCUUCCUCCUGCUCCUCCUCCUCCUCCUCUUUUGCUCCAUCUUCGCCGAGUGGGGAAGCUGCAGUCACUACCACUCUUCGUACCACUGAUGAAGCAUAUUCCUCCUCCUCCUCCUCCUCCUCCUCCUCCUCCUCCUCCUCCUCGACCACCACCUGCUCGCUCUCCCGUCUUCCUUUCUUUUGCACAGCAGCCACAACGAGCAGUGGUAGUGAGGAUGAGGGACGAAGUAUCAGAUUUCGGGUCAUCAAUCUGACGUCAUCCACUCAUCAUGCCGGUAAUAUCCAUUUCUCAGAUCUGAACUUUCAGCAGAAGUAUCACGCCUUUCAUGCGUACGCGCAGUCGAAGCUGGCCAUCGAUCUGUGGACCAAGGAGCUGCACCGCAGGUAUCGGGAUCGAGGUGUCACUGCAGUGAGUGUGCAUCCCGGCGUCGUCGACACCGCCCUCGCUCGGGGGUACUUCGAAAACUUGGCACCUUGGCCCUUAUCGGGUUGGCUGAGACCACUCUAUCCCAUAUUUCUGAAGACGACAACAGAAGCGCAGGAGACCGUGAUGUAUGCAAUCACGGCUCCUCCCGAGGAGAUUGGAGGUGCUUACGUGGCAGAUGCACGUGUAAGCAAGUGCGGACGGAUCUGCCACGACGCCAAGCUGGCGACAAAGCUAUGGGAUGUCACCUUGUCUCUUCUGCCUACCUCAACGGCCAAGAGAUGAGCUUUUCUUCUUUCUUUUUUUUUUUUUUUUUCUUCUUCUUUCGAAUUGAAUAUCAGGCACCAGA